CAUCACAGUUUUAAAACUCCACCUCACCAUCUUGAGUCACAAGCACAUCUUUUCGAAGGGAAUCCCAUCCCACAAUGUACUGACCUCCGAAAAGCUCGAGCUAAAAGGAAGCAACACUGAAACCUCAACAGCAGUGCAUAAAAACUAAAACCGGAGAGAAACACAGAGAAACAUUCCAUUUUAUUCAUAGGCACUGCUUAACUGCUCACCAUUGUGAAAGAUGUUACUCUGGAGUUUUAAAACUGUGAAGGAGAGGCAACUUUUCUGGACAGCAUUCUGUGCUUUGAGCCUUCUGGAAUAUAAAGUUUCCAGUGAUGACACAUCUACUCUAGAAUCUUCUCAUGUGAACAUUUCUGCCACUGAAUCAAAAACAUUUCAACCAACAUCAGCUAGUAUCUCUUCUAACAAUACUCAACAUAAAAGUACAAGUCAACCUUUGGUAUACAGCACAAACACCACUCAGGAAAAUGCCAGCACGAGUCAACCUGUGACAAAUGCCAGCACAAAUACAAGUUAUGGGGAAGAUAACAACAAAACUGCAACUAUACCAUCAAUAGUACCAUCAGAAGCAACAACUAAUAAAACAAUAAAUGACUCAAGCAUCACCAGCAACCCGAAAAACGACACUUCGCUGAAUACAACAGAGGCGCCAAGUCAUCUACUGACAAGUAAAUCAGGUACUCCCAGCAGUACAACUCAGACCAAGACUUCAGCAGAACUUUGGACAUCUAGUCCGUCUAAGCAGAGCAGUAUCGAAUGUGUGAAGAUCAAGGAAGUGACUGCCCACUCUAACGCGAUAUGCCUGGCGUUCAAUGAGACCCAAACAUGUCAAGAUUAUGUAGUGAUGAAAAGAAAUGUCCUAGAAGAGAUGUUUUGUGAAAAGCAGGCAUGCCACAUCAAACUGGCAGAAACCAAUGAGCAUCAUGGCUGUAACCUGUUUGUUGGAGUUAAUGGAAAAGGUACAGAUGCUUUACAAGAUAUUCUUGCAAAUUACAAGUCUGCAUUGACUAAGCUAGGAAUAAAAACCUAUAAAAAGGAGAACAUUGAGAGUCACAAGGACUAUUCUCGGAAGACACUUAUUGCCUUAGUCACCUCUGGUUUGUUGCUGGCAUUUCUGGGAUUGGCUGCAUAUCACUUCAUGAAACGACGGAGCUGGAGUUCCAUGGGAGAGAGGCUGGGGGAAGAUCCAUAUUACACAGAAAAUGAUAGCCAUGGCAACCCUGUGAGCUCUGUGGCCUCUCAUGAACACUCCGACCUGCAGGAAAAACCAAAUAUCAACGGAGGGGCUCGGGAAAAUGGGACUGGCCAGGCAAGCUCAAAAAACGGACAGUCAGGCCAGCCUCACAUUGCUGACACUGAGCUGUGAAAGGCUGUGGCCCAAAGCCUUUUUCAUAUGGUUUGCAAAUCCAGAAUGAAAAUAUAGAGGAGAUGGGAUGCAAGAGUAUCACAAAUGGAAUCAUAAUCCUUUUUAUUUUUACAAAGAGCUCAAAGUCCCACCCUAAAGCAUACAUUUUCCAAGAGCUGCCACAGGAGUUAGCUGUGUUCAAGUUUUGUUCUGCUUAGCAAGCUGCUUCAGUGGGAUUGGGCAUGUUCUCGGUAACUUAUCGCACUUUGUUUCAGAUCAAAAUGAGAUGUGACCAGCCUUCACAACAAUUCAUCCAGGGAAACGACAGGGAUGUUGUUUUGAAAUUUAGAGAUUUGUCAUUGUUAGACAAUCAUUUUACAGGUCCACAUAGUGUUGUGGGGAAGGGAGGGCGAUUUUACUGUAAAGAUGUGCAAUGUCAAUGAAUGGUGGGAGAUUUUCGUCAGUGAAAUCAGUUAUGUGAAUGCUCAAAUACAUGGCCAUUAGAGUGACUGGUCCAAUUCAAUUUGAAGCCACAUUCUUAAUUUUUCAAGAUAUAAAUAAUUCCCUUUGGAGGAUAUUGUAGUGCAUUUCUUAGAUCUGUUCACCAUGCCAAAAUUACUAAAAAUACCAACUGGGUGUUUGAAAAAAUGUGUAUCAAAACACAGAGCACUCCCAAACUUAUUUCUUUGGUUGGAUUCUACAUCCAACUCAGACACCCCUCCCCACCUCUCUGCUUUGCGCUGCAUUGCCCUUAACACUGAGUGACAGUAAGUCUGCAACCUAUCCUAAACCUUCUGAAACACCAUUCAGUAAUCCCACUAAACAAUAUGGAUUAAAUUCUGUUUUAGCUUGCUUUCCCACAGAAAAAAUGGUGUACUUUCAAUUUAGAAACCAAGAUAAAAUAUGGAAAGACAGCUUUCAUAAUCAGUCUAGAAGUAAAAUAGGCAACUGGGCUUGAAUGACAGAUGUUGUUCAUGUGUUCCAUUGAUGCAACAUCUCUCUUUGAGGAUUCUGUCUUCCAUAGUCAUAUAAUGAGAAAAUGGAAUCGAAACCAUAGAGCAAUUAAUUAUUGGUGAUAAAACAGAAAACAAACACUAGAAACUUGGGAUGAUAUCCAUCACCAUACUCGUGGAAGGGAGUUUCCAGGUGCUUAACUAUCAUGCCACCAUCUUCCCCAGCAAUCCCCAGAACCCCACAUACCCACAGGCUACACAGACAUUCUUGAAUGAAGUGGGCUGUGGUAGAAGAGACUUGAGGGGGAAUUGGGGACCCCCCAAAUUGGGUAGGGGCCUCAUAUGCAACUGACACUUCUUCACAUACAAUGCCUCUGCUAUAUUUUCAAGGAUCUGUGAUUUUCCCUCAGCCACUGGGCCAAAGCCCAACCCAUUCAGCAGGGCCACAAACCCAUCUGUGAAGCAUUAUUAGCGCUUCCAAAGGCUGCUAAGAGCAGGAGGAGGCAGGGAAGUUCACUUCCUAGAACUCCCACUAGCACAAUCUUGGAUGGCACCAUUGUCCUCAAUCCUGUCUAACAAAGUCCUCUUGAAAUCAAUGAGCACAUUCACAAUAAUGGCACUAUUAUCACUAUUGUCAGUCAUCUAAAGAUGCAAUUCUAUAAGCACGUACUCAGAACGUAAAUUCAAUUGGAAUUACUUCUACAUAGAUGUGUACAGAGUGUGCCGUAACUUAAAUAAAGUGCCUUUGGACUGGA